GCCAUUGGAUUAUAUAAGCAACAUCUGUAGGACUUGUGGACAUCAGCGUUAUUACAGUUUUUCUUUAAGUCCUGCAACAAACACAUCUGCUAUAUGUACUGAGCAGGAAUAUUUGUACAGCCUUCAUGAUCCUUGUGGAAUUACACCUGGAGUUGUGACAUUGAUCAAAGCCUAUUGGACAAGGUACUAGCUAGGCCGUACUAUAUCUGGCUCCUUUCUGUCCUCGUGAGCUUGUGAGACUAGUUGGUCUCACCAUGGCAACAACUCCAGUGAUAUCCUCAGUCAGUGGGAUUUUUAAAGGGUACUUGAUGAUGGAUGGCGACAUAGCAAGAGAAUCGAGCGGCAACGAGGAUUUUGAAAUCAUCGGUGGCGACUCGCCCGGAUGCAGCAAGUCUGACGGAGACGGAGUAGUGGUUUCAGUCGAGGUGGACGUCAUCGCUAACGGCGAUGAGUUGUCUUCCUCCAAGCAACUUGAUCUUGAGGAGCCCUCAAGGAUGAACGGAGAUGAUGCGGACCAACGAGGAGAGGAGGAAGGUGAAAUAUCAAACGGAAGGAUAGAGCGGGAGGAGGGAGAGGACAAACCAAAGCAAUCUGCAGAGGAUUUGAUAAAUGAGUUUGGCAUGUCAUUGGACAGCGGUGUCCAGGAAGAAGAGGAGGACAAGGUUAGUCCAGAUGUCGGAGACGUGGUGGAGGAGGAUCAGUUGUCAGCGACAACCUACAAGACAGAGGAAGCAAGCAUCAGUCUGGAUACUCUUGCCAAAGAAGAAGAGGCUGAGCCAACACCUGAGGUUGAUGAUGGUGGCCAGGAAGGUGGUGUUACCAUCGUGGUUGAUCUUGUAGGAAAGGAAGAUGAUGAUACUGCGGAAACGCAAGACAGUACUCCAGAAACACCGGAAGAUUCUCCUGCAGAUACCGAUGGCGUUUCCGAACCCGCCCCUGAAGAGGUUGCUGAGGAUACUCCUGAACCCGCCCCUGAAGAGGUUGCUGAGGAUACUCCUGAAGACAUCACUGAGGAUGCUCCCGAAGAUAUCCCUGAGGAUACUCCCGAAGAUAUCCCUGAAGAUACUCCCAAAGAUACUACAGAGGACAGUGCUAAUGACCUCAUUGAGGACACUCCCAAAGACAUCAUUGAGGACACCCCCAAAGACAUUCCAGAGAUGGAGGAAGAUCCCAACCAGGACUCGGCCGUCGAUGUGAACCUAGACACGUCUCAGGACACGUCUCUCGACAUCUCCCAGGAGAUCAGUUUGGACGUUUCUCUGGACAAACCCCAGGAGACUGCCGAGAAUCAGGUAGACAACACACCAGCGUCCCAGGAUGACGACCAAACCCUGACAGAACAGAGCUUAGAUGAAUCCCUGAACUCCGAGGAAGCGGAGCCAGUGGUGACACCAACACCUGAUGCAGAUGUUACACAGGGAGAGGCAGAAGAUGGAGCUGAGGGUGAACCAAAGGAGAAAGUAGUAGCAGAAGAGAAAGAGGAGGACACUGCAGCAGAAAAAGAUGAAGUAGUAGAAAGUGUAGAGGAGGAACAGACAAAGGUAGAAAAUACAGAACCUGUAGAUGAAGAUAAACCUACCGCUGAAGAAGUUGUAGAAGAGAAAGAAGAGGAAGUUUCUGAAAAAGCAGAUGACGUAGACACAAAGGAAGAAGUUCCAGAGACUGAAGUUGCCAAUGAGAAGGAAGAUGAGGAAGCACCAGCAGCAGAAAUUGCUGAACAGCAACCUGAAGAAACGCCAGCUGAGGAACAAAUACCUGCAGAGGAAGAAACACUUGCUGCUGAAGACACGCCUGCUGCAGAAGAAUCGCCUGCUGCAGAAGAAAUGCCUGCUGCAGAAGAAUCACCUGCUGAAGAAGAAACACCUGCAAAGGAAGACACGCCUGCAGAAGACACACCUGCUGCAGAAGAAGCACCUGCAGAAGAAACACCGGCAGAGGAAGAAUCACCUGCUGAAACACCUGCAGAAGACACGACUGCUGCAGAAGACACACCUGCUGAAGAAGACACACCUGCUGAAGAAGACACGCCUGCUAAAGAAGAAGCACCUGCAGAGGAAGAAUCACCUGCUGCAGAAGACACUCCAGCCGAAGAAGAAUCGCCUGCUGAUGCAGAAACACCUGCAGAGGUAGAAACACCUGCAGAGGAAGAAACGCCUGCUAAAGAAAAAACACCUGCAGAGGAAGAAACACCUGCAAUGGAAGAAACACCUGCAGAGGAAGUAUCACCUGCUGAUGAAGAAACACCUGCAGAAGACACACCUGCUGAAGAAGACACGCCUGCUGAAGACACAGCUGCUGCAGAAGAAACACCAGUUGAGGAAGAGAUGUCUGCUCCUGAAGAAACGUCUGCCAUUGAAGAAACAAUUGGUACUGAAGAAAUGCCUGCUGCAGAAGAAACGCCUGCAGAGGAAGAAACACCUGCUGCAGAAGAAUCACCUGCUGCAGAAGAAAUGCCUGCAGAGGAAGAAACACCUGCUGCAGAAGAAUCACCUGCUGAUGAAGAAAUAUCUGCUCCUGAAGAAACGCCAGCUGAGGAAGAAACACCUGCCAUUGAAGAAACACUUGCUGCUGAAGACACGCCUGCUGCAGAAGAAGCACCUGCAGAAGAAGAAACACCUUCUGAAGAAACACCCGCAGAGGAAGAAACGCCUGCUGCUGAAGAGGAAGGUGAAUCCAAAAAUGAAACUGACUCUGAGGAAGUGAAGACGAAACGAAUGUCUACUGCAGACUUGGUGGAAGAAUUUGGGCUUGCAUUGGACGAGGGUGAUCAAAAUGCAAUUGAUCAGGAAAUUGGAAAUAAUUCAAGUGGUGAAAUAGUUAAGGAAGAAGAGGUUGUACCAACAGAACUAAAGCCAGAGGAAGCAGAUGUUAAAUUAGACUUUUUAUCUAGCACAGUGGAAGGUACAGAGGAUGGUGCUGAGGAAAAUGAAACAGUGGAUACUGUGGAUGGGGUGAAUACAGAAGAGGAAGCAAAUAAUUUGGAGGUUGUUCCCACACAAGAGGCAGAGGAAGGGUCAACAGAACAAUCAUCAGAGGAAGUUAAAGUAACAGAUGUCAGGGAACAGGAUGAUCAAGAGAAGGAUGAGGAGGAUGUUCAGGGUCAAAGCGAGGAAUGCAUAGAAUCCCAACCUCAAGAAGAAAGCAAAGCCAAAGAAGAAGAGGAAGCAGAUACUGUUGAAGAAUCAUCUCCAGUUGUUCAAGAGGCUGAUGACCAUCCUGUAGAAGAAGCAUCGGAGGAAGCAUCAGCUGCUGUCGAGACAGAGGCAGAACCAGCAACUGAGGAAAAACAAGAAAUAGAGGAUAAGGAGGCUCCAACGGAAGAGGAAUCUCCUCAAUCAACAGGUGAUGUAUCUGAAAAUUUACCUGAAGAAGCACCAGAAGUGCCUGUUACACGUGAUGAGGUGGUAGCAGAGGAAGAAGCUGUUCCUGUUGUUGGUGAAGCAGAAGGGGCUGCUGUUCAGGCAACUGAAGACUCAGCCAUUGAGGAACAGGAGGUCAUUGUUGAAGAACCGGUGACUGAAGAACAUACAGCAGAUGUGGAAGUGUGUCCUGGAGAUUCACUAGAUGCUGGUGUGGAGGUAGUAACUGAAGAAGCACAGGCUGAUUCAGAACAAGCUGAAGAUGCAGAACCAGCGACAGAAGAAUCAACAGAUGCAGAAGUGUGCCAAGAUGCCUCAGAAGAUACCAGUGUGGAGGCAGUUGCCGAAGAGGUGAAAGAGCCAGACACAGAAGAAUCUGUUGAGGUAUGUCCUCCGGUCCAAGAUGAUGUUGUAGAGGUCGUUGAAACACAAGAGACAAGUGUCGAACUUGAACAGCAAGCAGAAGCCACAGAACCACAAGAAGAAGAGAAGGAGGAGGUAGUUGAAAUGGAGAUUGAAUCAGAGGACGCACCUGCAACAGUUUCAGAUGACAUCAGUAAUGAAGUAUCUACAGAGGAAAUAAAGCAGGACAUUGCAGUGGAGGCAGGCACAGAGGUAGAUGUACAGGGGGUGGAAGAAGAAAAAGCUGAGGAGAAGGUGGAGCAAAUUGAAGAGAUCAAACAAGAGGUUGUAACUGAUACAGAACAAAUGCCACAGUCACAAGAAGCAAGUGAAGAGACAGUUGAAGUCACAGCUGAAGAACCUAAGGAGGAACACCUAGAAGAAUCACAGGCAGAGUCAACGGAAGAAAUCAAAGAAGAUACACCAGAGGGGCCUGUUGAGGAAUCUGCAGAAUCAACAGAAGAAGUCAAAGAAGAGACACCAGAAGAGCCUGUUGAGGAAUAUACAGAAUCAACAGAAGAAAUCAAAGAAGAGACGCCAGAAGAGCCUGUUGAGGAAUCUGCAGAAUCAACAGAAGAAAUCAAAGAAGAGACACCAGAAGAGCCUAUUGAGGAAUCUACAGAAUUGACAGAAGAAAGCAAAGAAGAGACGCAAGAACAGCCAGUUGAGGAAACUUCAAAGGACACACCAGUCAUAGAUGCUAGUAAAGAGAAACCUGAGGACCUUGUCAUCAAUGGACAUGGGGAAUUUCAUCUCACGAAUGGACACCAUGUCUCUGAAGACAACCUCAUGACCAAUGGCGACCAAGUUCCAGAGAUCACGAGCCCGACCAGCCCUAAGCCAAUCCUUGAGCGGCUGCUAUCGUGGGAGAAGAUUGCGAAAGGUACCAUAAAUGAAUCCCACUAUGCAUUGUGUACGCAUGCACUGGCGCCAUCUAUACGCAGAGUUUGGCCAACCCGGUUCCAGCUGGACAUACUAUAGUGGAUGUUGCUAUGUUGGGCAAAUAUAUGAUAGAUGAAAAUACAGUUCAACCUGUUCCAACCUUAAGCCUCAGUCACAAAUGCCGUUACGAACUGCUACGAACGCCGUACAAGCGAUUUUCAGACAAUGGAAAUUUGGGA